ACAUACCGGCAGUCAAGCAUCGUUCCCAGUCACACCUUGCCAACUCGUGUCCGUUUCUCUUCCUGCCUUGCCAUGCGUUGCCCAUUUGCUCUGUACACAUCCUUUUCCCUCUUUCUAGAGUAGACCUCUUUACUCCAUUCAUUAUUUAUUGUUUUUCCAUUCCUUACAGUACCAACUUACCACAUUCCUUCGUAACGCGCAGUCACAGUCAAUCCCAUGGAUCUCCCGUUCGUCGUGGAUUCCACUUCGACCCAGAGCUCCCAGCAGCUCGAGAAUUCAAUCGGACUCGGGGCGGACGAUUCCUCUCUAGUUACAGCUUCUUCGCAAGGCAGUCUCUUGCCCAAUUCGGAAGACAGUGCGGAUAAUGUGGAACGCGCGACAACCGCUUAUACGAAUGAUACGGGGACGGAUGCGGCGGAUCCGGUCACUCUUGGUACUGGUACUUCCGACGCUCCUCUGACGACUGCUCCGGCACGUGACCGUCGUGACGAUUUUGAGGAUCAUCUACUACUCGCGACUCCGGCGGACCUUUCGGUACCGAACGUGGAACCGACGUCGCAUCGUCUGGGUUCCAUUGGUUCCGUCCUCUCGCAAUUGGGUCUGCGGGGGCCCACCACCGAGAUACCGCACGCCAAACACAACGACAACCAGAAUCACCGCGGAUACGCAAUCGACGCUCACCGUGCCAACGACCAACAGGAAGAAGAAGAAGUCAUUGACUUUACGUACGUCAACGUGUGGGACACGGAUGCGGACGAAGUCGACAUAUUACUUUCGACCGGAACCGAAGAAGACGACGACCGGUCCGAUCCCCAUCCCACUUCGGACCGGCGUGGACCGGAACGAGGAGAUAUUCUCGCCGCACUCAUAAGUGGUACACCGUGGGCGGACGAUUCCACGGCCGAAGACUUUGUCGUUUUGUCGGAACAAGCCAAUCGAGCCGCUGCACAAGCGAUCCAAGCCAAACGACGCGGCAAUCUACAAGAAGCACUCGACGCGCAUGCAACGGCCGCCAAACUCUUUCGGGAGGCCGCUGGCCGUAUUCAAGGAAGCAACGCAUCCAUGACCCAUUCAUUAUUAUUGUUGAGUCAAACACAGGCCAGGUCGGCGUUGGCCCUGAAGCGUGCCGUAAAACUAAGGCCGAGUUUGUCCCGCACGAAUAGACCCAACAGCGACACUUUGGAUUCACAAACGGACCGCUUACGAGCCACGGUACGCGGAGCCUUGAACAAUAGGCGUGAAGCCGAUAUUUCGGAUUCGGUGUUCUUGGGCAGCGCAUCGAACAAAGAUUCUAGCCAACUGGCUGCCGCAAACGACAACGCGGCUGUGAAUGACUCCUCUAGCGAACACAAUCCGGUAGACGAAAUGUUGGAGCUUGAACGCGAGUUGAAAAAUAUGGAUAUGGCUUUGGAACUGGGUAAUUCCAUUGCAUCCCUGGAUACCCGUACCCAGAACCGAAUGAAAAGCUCCAUGAUCGACGGAAGUUUCAUGGUGAUCCCGCCCGGAUCACAGUAUCAUAGUCUGUCGUCGUCCACUCGAAACCCGGCGCCCGCUCCUCGCGCUGUCCCGAAUCGACCGGCGGUUGGUGCCUCCACCGCUCGCGCCCGCGCCAAUCGCGUCCAAACGAGGUUGGAAGCGUCGGUUACCCGACCGGCAACACAUGUAUCUACAGUACCUCCACCAGGUCCUCCUUUCAGCAAAAACCAGAGCUUGGAAUCGAGUUGGUGGGGUAGUUCUGUGGCGGCGUCCCAAGUGCUUACAUCAUCCGUUGUUUCCCUGGCCAGUGGUAUGGGUGGGGGACCUUCUACGGACGCGGUAUCUCCGUCAGGGAACCAACCAGCCAACACGAAACAGCUCAUGCGAUUGAUGGAUUCUUUGAAAGCAUUGGGGGACGAAAACGCGGUAUUGAUGAGGGAAGUGGAAGGUGCCGAAGCGGCACGGACGGAGGCCAAGGUGGUCAAGCAACAGAUGCAGCACUUUAAGGAGGAAUACCGAUUACGGUUCGACAAGUUGAAAGAGACUCUGGAGAGAUUUCGCAAAGGCCAAACGAGUCACGGCCUGAAUCCAGUAUUAGCGAGCGAGUUCGGAAAGACCGCCAAUUCGGAAACGGUGCAGCAACAAGAAGGCCUCAUCCGGAAACUUACGGCCGAUUUGCAAAAAGAAAAGGAAGAGAGCAAAAGGAAGGAUGCCGCCCUAAAGAAAUACGAAUCGUUUUAUCUAGAAGUGAAAGCACGGAGUGCACAAAAACAACGGCAACGAGAGGCGCAACAGCGACAGGCCCGUGCGGGCGUCGGCACGCCUCCAUUGAAGUAGCUUGUACACUGAAACAAAAGCAACAACUGGCGAAGGCUAACGUUGAUUCAUAGAAUAAAUUACUGUCGGGCGACUUCAAAGUGGCUGCUGCGAACAAAUGCAGCAGACAACGAGAAUCAUCUCACGCUUUUCGCAGUCAAGAAGGUCUUGUUGAUAUUUGGGAAUGUCGAGCGCGUUCCUUUGGUGUGUUGGCUCGCUCGACGUUCGACGUACCAAAACGUGGUCUGU